UCCUUCGAAGGAACAGCUCUCCUCCCACAAUUUACAUUCCCUUCCAGCCUCGUUUCCUUCUCCGGUCGAUGAUCACGCCUCCCAGCAACAACCUCCGUCAGCAGCCUGUCAGUCAUUACUAGCUAGCUCGUAACCAUGGGCUCGGAAUUUGGCAUCACCGCCGAUACCAAGGCGGAACUGAGGCUCAAUGGAGUCGGCAUCUUCUGGAUGACCUUUGGGUGCGUCUGGACCUGCCUCAUCAUCGGUGGAAUGGCAUUCCUCUACGGCAAUCGCCACACGCCGCUCUUGAGGAUCCGUGGCCUGCAUUUGUCGAUGGUGGCCGUCACCCUGCUGCACCUGUACUGGUUCAUCAUCCAGUUCCUCUACACAAUUGGCCCCUUGAUGCCCGAGGAGGUCGAGUUCUGGUGUAUGAGCACAUACCUUCCUUUUGGAAUCGGUCUGUUCCAGGCUUCGAACUGCCAGUUUCUCUAUGUUGCGAAGGCACAGAAAAGGUUUCUGGGAACCGGGGGCGUCGCUGCUGCCCGGCCCAAGAAAGAUGCUGCCACGCGCAAGUCAGUAUUGGACCGUUUCAGACGGCUUGACUAUCCGACAAAGAUGACUAUCUGCGUCUUCGCCGGGCUGGGAUUCCAGCUUUUCCUGACCAUCUUCAUGUACCUCAUCUCCCGCAAAUUCCACUCCGGCUGGGGCAUCCCGGGCACCGAAGUCCACGGCACUCCCAUGGAACAGAAAGUACAGCAGGGUAGGGGCUGGGAAUGGUGGCCAUCAAUCUUCUGGCAGUGCUUCUGGGCGUGGAUCAUUGCCCCCAUUAUUCUCUGGCAAUCCCGCGGAAUCCACGACACCCUGGGAUGGCGAGCUCAGACUAUUGGAUGUUGUCUUGCUGGACUCCACGCGACUCCGAUGUGGCUCAUUGCCAUUUACGUGCCGGGAAUGGCCCCCGUAAACAGCUAUUUCCUUCCUCCUCAGUGGAUUUGCCUUUCGAUUAUGAUGCUCGAGAUCUUCACCAUCUUCAUUCCGUGCUGGCAGGUCAUGAGACAUCGGUCCCUGCGACAAGAAACCCUGGAGUCAAUCGCCGCCUGGGAGUCCAAGAACAAGAGCGUCGGCCAACAUGCAGAUUCCUUAUUCACGGGAACCACAAAGAUCUCGAAGGCGAGGUCAGAUUGGAAGUCGCUGUCCAGCGUCGAGAGGUCCGGCUCGUCCCAGGGUUCGCAGUAUGGCGGCAUCUUCACCAUGGACGCCCUCGAGUCCGUCCUCGAGCGGAACCCCGGCCCGCUGCGGGAGUUCUCGGCACUGAGGGAUUUCUCCGGAGAGAACAUUGCCUUCCUGACGAGCGUCGCAAAGUGGAAGUCGUCGCUGCACCCGUCGACCAGAGGUGGUUCUUCCGAGACGGCGGCGGCGAAGGAGGCCAAGACAGCUGGCACGCACGACCAGACGCGCCGCGAGCAGUUCAACGGCGCCCUGCGCAUCUACGUCGACUUCAUCAGCCCGCGCGACGCCGAGUUCUCCAUCAACAUCGCCUCGAACGACCUCAAGAGCCUCGAGGCCGUCUUUGAGAAGCCAGCCCGCAUCAUGUACGGCGACAAGGGCGCCGUCAACCCGGUCACGCCGUUCGACGGGUUCGACUUCUCCUCCCCCCCGCCGUCGUCCUCGGCCGCGGACGCCAAGUCUCUGGCGUCGUCGUCGUCCCAGGGCUCCUCCGAGAAGCCACCCAGCAUCGCAGAGGAGAUCGGCGACAAGGUCCAGUACUGCGGCGACAUCCCCGACGAGUUCAACGGGUCCGUUUUCGACGACGCCGAGAGGAGCAUCAAGUACCUGGUCCUGACCAACACGUGGCCCAAGUUCGUCAAGGAGAGGCGCUACUCGCUGGACUCGGUCGACUCCCAGUUCACCCUGGAGUCGCAAACCUCGAGCAAGACGCUCUCGAGGGCGGUGAGAUAUCUGAGCUCGGUGAAAAGCACCUUGUCUUUUAGGUCGGGAUGAGUAGUAUAAUCAAUCAUCAAUCAUAGUCAAAUUGUAAUCAUCUUCCUCCCACGUUCCGCUC